AUGAAUGAUGAUAAUAUACUAAUAGCUGAUGCUAAAACUUACAUCAGUAUCAUUCAUUUACUUUCAUCUUCAACUAGUAUUGAAGUUGAUGACUUAUCAAAUGUUUUCAAUUCCUUGGGUUCAGACAUGGCUGUUGGAAAGCCUCAUACAUACACAAAUCUUCAUAAUAUACUAGGACUAUUGCUUACAUAUCCAACUAGGUCAUAUAUUUCAAUAGAUAAUAUCGCAAGGUUUGCCCAGGGUGUUGUAAAUUAUGCAAGGUCUCCGGAUGGGAAUUCGAAUACGUCUGAAGGGUUGUAUGAGGAUUUAGAAGAAUUUGCCAAUUGGAUAUCCAGUCGCUUCGAAAUCGAUGACAGUGCUAUAUUUUCUCUUGAUGAUAGCAUACUACUUCAAACUGCUUAUGAUUUGGCCGCAGAUAAUAGACUACAAUGUGAACAAUUUGGAUAUAAAGUAACUACUGAUGGGUCAAUCAAUGAAUUGCUUUUUCAAUUCAUUCAAGCUAAGACUUUGUACUUAUCAAAGUAUUGUACUGAGAUAGGGGAUUUAAGUCCACUCUUCGAAAUAUUAGAAGGUUAUUCACCAUUUGAUAAAUGGUAUCGAGAUAUUAUUACCCCUUUCACGUACUAUUGGAACAAUUAUGGGUCGCUUAAUAAUAAUUCAUUAUUGGAUCUUUUCCAAUUCUUGAAAGCGGAAUCGUUUAACGAAAAGUUACAUAUACUCAUUGAACCUUUGAAUCUGCCAGCAUAUAGUGAAAAACUAUCUGUCAACAAUUGGAUUUCUAAGGUCGUUAUGCCAUUAGUUGUGUAUCAUGACUAUGAUUUUAAACCCUUGUUAGAAUGGCUUUAUUUUAGAGGAGAAUGGAAUAAUCAGGAACCUUCCAAGAAAUAUGCAAUAUGGAAUAAUGCAAUACGAUCUAUCAUUUAUUUUAAGGACUAUAAGAAUAAUGUUCUAGACGUUUCAAGAUAUGAAGAUAUACUAAAGUUCUUUUUGGGUUCCUGCUACUACUAUGCGAUAUUUUAUGAGACAUCUGAGAAAGUGUCAUCGAUCGAAAUGCUAAAAAUAUAUGAUUCGAUAAAAGAUAGUUUAGAUAUAAUCCAACAAAGAAUAGGUGCUGCAAAUGGUGGAAAAUUUGAAUAUUCUAUGGAAAAGAUAGAUUUUGGGUCAUUAGAUAAGUCAUCCAGCCUUGCCUCAUUUUUGAACGACUCCUCCAACCCAUUUACGGAAUUAUUCAAUCCAAGUCUGUCGUCGGUGAACUUUCUUCAGGAAGCUAUUAUAACUUGCGAAAAAUUAUAUCCUACUAGUAAAUUCACAAUUCUUGAAUUUUUAAAAUUAAAGUAUUCAUCUACAUCUGAUUUCACAACCGGUGAACGUGAGGUAGCUAAGAUAAUGACCAAUCUUAACAGUAACAACUGGUCCAUGAUAUUAUCUUCUGCUCGCUUAUUCACUGACUCGUUUAUUUCAAAUGAUAAAACCCAUAACGAAUCCAUUAAUAGGCUCAUUAUUGACAGAUUUUUGUUCAAUAAUUUAUUUGAUGUCGUUGGUGGGUUCUAUGAAGAAAAGGAGUUGCCUAUAACUGUCGAUGAUUUUUAUUCCAUUAUAUUGAAAAAGUUUUGGGAAUCAUUCAAUAAAGCAACGAAUUUCAAUAGCAAAAUUGGAAAAUUACAUGAAGCAUCUCAAAGUAUUCAACUAUUUGAUAAAAUUUCUUCCGAUGAACAAUUAUCUGCUACUUGUAAGGAUGAAAUUAUAAGGAUUAAACAUUUAUUCAAAGCUGUAUCCAAUAUAAAAAAUUUUAAGAUUGUUAUUCAAAAGGGAUCCCCGUUUGUUCCAUCUGACUUAAUCAGUCAAUUUGGUGCAGUGUCCUUGAUGGAUGGUCUUGAUUUGGAUGAACAAAAACGUUCCCCUAUGGCGUUGAUUUCUACGAUUCUAGAACAAAAUCCUAAAUCAUACUUGGCAUUUGAAAAGCUAUACAAAAUUUUGAACGAUCUCCUCAUAUUCUUUAAUGAUGAACAUGCAGAGCCCACUUUUUACUUCAACAAAUUGAAAUCCAUUUGCAUCGAGUCUGCAUUAGUUGAUAAUAAUUUUCAAUUUGCAUACAGGCAGUCCAAUGAACUACUUGACCAUUAUUCGACAGACCAGAACAAAAACUUGAAUGAGUUUUGGCUCACGUUUUAUCAAGUAGGUAAAUUUAUUUCCCCCGAAUGGUUUAAUGAAUCUUCUUCUUCUCAAAGCGAUAAAAUUGACAUAUUAAUAAAGCAGAGGGAUAUAUUGUCUAAGACCCUCAAAUUCACUGAGCCAUCUGAUACUACCAUUGACAAUAGUAGAGUUAUUUUAACACAAUGGGAAAGUAUUAAUAGUCAAAUCGAAGAUUGGUAUUUAAAUCUGCACCAAGAUUACUACACCAAGGGCUCAACUUCUUCAAAUGAUGCUGUUCCUGAGCGUAUGGCUACUUUAGCUAAUGACAUUAUGAAUGAUGCAUCUAAUACUACAAGUCAAGCUAGUGAAAAGCUUUCUAAUUUAUUUGUAUCUGGUUUAGGGUGGGCUCUUGGAGCAAAUCCACAAUAA